AUGGCAACUGACGAGUGGGGAACAGAACACUCUCAUAAAUGUGGCAAUGCCACUCACAAACCUCCCUCCGUACAACGAGCAGAACACCAAGAACUGGUUUUACAGCUGGAAGCCAUUUUCUCGGUACGGAAAAUCACAUCACAACAAGCAAAAUUCGUCAACGUGGUACAAGUUUUGCCACCUUCAGUUGUCGACGAAGUAGCCGACAUCUUGGAACACGUACCCGAGCAGGAGCCAUAUACUCGCCUCAAGGAGGCUAUUCUGAAACGAACCGGCCGUUCGGACGAGGAACUGCUCCGGGAACUUUUUACCCACGUCACCAGGGGCGACAGAACACCCUCACAGCUUCUACGCUUCAUGAGGAGCCGACUGGGGAAACAUUCCAUGGCCGAAUCAAUCUUGCGUGAACUGUGGAUGGACAAGUUACCCACUACCAUAACGCAGAUAUUGGCACCAAUCGCUGACCACACUCCACUAGACCACGGCAGGAUAUACGAAUGCUCCUUUCCCGCACAUCGAGAGGCCCGAUGCCGGCGACCGGCGGUUGGCGACGGAGAGCACGGAGUACCAGCAGGGGUCGACGAGUCGACCCGGAAUUAUGCUGGUACCAUCAUAGAUUCGGCACCAGGGCAAAGAAUUGCUCGGCACCCUGCAAAUACAGCUCCAAAACCAAGUCGGAAAACUAAACAGCCGGCGGGUAGGAGCGGCAGAACCCCCCGGCAAAAACAUACGAAGCCGCCUCUUCUACUGGACACAGGAGCAGCUAUCAGUGUGAUACCCCCCAAAGAACAGCAAGACCGAAAGGCGACCCCGUAUAAACUCCAGGCAGCAAAUGGCUCGACGAUCGAGACAUAUGGAGCCAAGACACUGACUCUGAACAUCGGUAUGCGGCACGAUUUUACAUGGACUUUCACCCAGGUAGACGUAAAAACGCCAAUACUCGGUGCAGAUUUCCUGGCCCAUUAUGAUCUAGCCGUGCACAUGAAUACGAGAACUUUAUCAGACAAUACCACGAACAUUGCUGUUAAAGGCACCUCUCGACACAACACCACUGGGAUCAGUGUGACAACUUGCCACGGACGAGAGUACAUCGAGAUCCUAAACAGAUACUCGGACCUCAUUCAACCACUCGCAGGUACCGGUCCGGCAAGACACCAAACACAGCACCAUAUAAAGACCAGUGGACAGCCUACCUUUUUCCCACCCACGACGACUUCCCUCCUCAUAAGCUGGAAUACGCCCAAAAGGAGACUACCAAGCUGCGAUCCUGCGCGACACUCCACCCAAGGACGAACUGACUACACCACAGCACUGUCCGCGUCGAUCCUCUCUCUCUGCAAGCGCCGACGCACCCUUUACUCAAGUACAGACAUCCAGGGAUCGACUGGACCUCGGACAUCCCUGUUUCCAUUCGGCCUACCUCAAGCUGUCGCCUUGAAACCUGACAACGCUCCUCCAAGACUACACGACCGAACUACUACAAACGAUUAUCUGAUGAAUGCUCGGACACAGGUCGUAGAACUGAAAGUAGAGGGCCGUCAGAUUGAAGAAGCAGUUGCAAGUAUAUUCCAUGCUUUACUCUUUCACAGAACAUUAGGCAAGUUUACCUGGAAGGAAGAUGGCUAUGCAAUUGGCACAGUUGGCAUGACUGAUGUAGACUGUGACUUUGUUGAUUUUACCUAUGUACGUGUUUCAUCUGAUGAACUUGACAGACAUUUGAAAAAAGAAAUUUCUGCCUUUAAAGAUGCCUUGAGAAAGGCAAGUGGCCCUACAACUGGGCAGAUUUCAUUAGAGUUUUAUGAGAAGAGGCGAAGUCGGUGGUUAUUCCAGCAGGAAUGUGUGCCAUGGGAAAUAUGGACGAUAAAACUUGAAGUGGUUGUAUUAGAUAAAGAAUCAGAUCGACAGGAACAAAGAGAAAAGCUCGGAGAAGUGUUAUCAGACAAAGUUGUUCAUAUUAUUGAAGCUAUGAAUAAACAUGAAUAUGUACCAAAGACACCUAACUUGCAAGAUUUGGAUCUUGUUUUCGACACCAGUUAUCCAGAUAUUCAGCCCUACCUCUUUAGGCUAUAUCAUCAGACUACAACUCCGACAUCAACAUUCUUACCCCACCCAAUUGGGAAAAUUUUCAAUCGAUCUCUUCAAAUGUAG